AUGACUGUGGCUUGGUGGCUUCCGUCUUUAGCCGUCAUCCAGCAGGUCUGCUGCGCCGACGUUGGAAAAGCCAGACUCGUGAUUUCUCCGGACGGUGGCUGGCACCAGCCAGCUGCAGCAAAUGGGGAUAGCCUCCUCCGUUCUGAAUCCGUCGAACAUGAAGACGCCAGAGCGGAGGAGAACUGGAAGUUGGUGCUGAAGGCUGGUAAGACAUCCAAGCUGGGCUUCUCCUCUCCUUUGUGGACCAAUAGCGAUUUGCUGAACAAAGAUUCCGCAGAAGACAAAGCAGAGGAUGCCAAGUACGAAGCUUUCAACACGGUGCCGUUCAAGAAGAUUCGAAUGUGUGUGGACGAACCGAAGGAUAACUGUGUGGAGCACGAGCUCAAGAAAGAGUAUGACAAUGCCAAAGCUUUGUUCAGCGGCAAGUACAUCAAAGACACGAAGGUGGAUCAGAAAGGAAUUCUUAAGGCCUUCAAGGUGAAGAAAGGCACUUACCAGGACUGCCCCAUGCAGAGGCCUGGCUUCAACAUCGAGUGCAACGGCGGCAACAAAGCCCGUUGGGGCUACUGCAACAACUGUGCGUCCCAGGCCUGCCAGAACAACGACAACGACGAUGCUGAUGGCGCGAUUGGAAUUGGGAUCGCAGGCCAGUCAACCACCGGCGAGCUUGGAGCAGGUUGGACUGCGUACUUCGCUUCCCCGGGGGGGCAGUGCAGAGCCAACGGCAAGACACACAAGGCC